AUGGCUCCUCCUGUCCUUCCAUUCCGCGAUAUCAAUCUGCACGCCUCUCCCUCUCACUAUGCCUUCACUUCACCUUCAUCGCCGAAUGCCCAGACGCUGGUUGUCGACCGGCCAACCGGCGACCUGCGUCUUACAGAUGGUCCCCUUUCUGGCGCGAAGCGCAUCUCGAGCAUUGCCGGUAUCUUGGGCAUCAUCAAGUUGAAACUUGAUAAAUAUCUUAUAGUUAUCACCAAGGCUCAGCCGAUGGGCCGUCUGCGCGGUCAUAUGGUUUACAAGGUCGCCGCAACUGAGUUCUUGCCCCUCCGCGAGCGUCCGUUGCACGAUCAUGACGAAGAUACUUACUUGGCGUUGAUGAAAGAGUUGCUACGCACUGGGCCAAUGUACUUCUCCUAUGCACUGGACCUUACCAACAGUUUCCAGCGUCAAUCACAAAGCGAUCCCAGUCUUCCGAUGUGGAAGCGCGCCGACGACCGUUUCUUCUGGAAUCGUUUCAUUCAAUCAGACCUGAUCGAUUUUAGCUUGGGAGAACAUGAUACCGCCGGUAUGCGUUAUGGCCCACAACCCGGAGUUGACGCUUAUAUUCUGCCGGUUAUAUUUGGAAUGUUGCGUAUCACCGCGGCUCGAGUCAAGUCAACGUCCUUCACGUUCGCUCUUAUCAGCAGGCGGUCCAGGCACCGGGGCGGAACCAGAUAUUUCUCGCGCGGUAUAGAUGAUCAGGGCCAUGUUUCGAAUUACAAUGAGACGGAGCAGAUAGUUAUCUUGAAUGAUGCAGCAGGAGGACUAGCUGGAUUCGCUCCUGGGCAAUCGAUGGCUAAGGACAAAUCCGGCGACUCGGGUCGCGAUCUCCAGGUCAUGUCUUUCGUGCAAACUCGAGGAAGCGUGCCUGUAUACUGGGCCGAGGUCAACAAUCUCAAGUACACCCCGAAACUUGAAGUCCGUGGAGUUGAGACUGCGGUCGACGCUGCGCGCAAGCAUUUCACAGAGCAGAUCAAGAUAUACGGUGAAAACUAUAUGGUCAACCUCGUUAAUCAGAAAGGAAGGGAGGAGCGCGUGAAGAAGGCCUAUGAACAAUUAGUCCGCAUCCUAGUGUCCUCCUCAACCGAAGACACCGAGGCCGACGAGGCCACCUCUGAGAAGGUGCAUGUUGUUGAGCCAACUCAAAAGCAAAAGGAGCUGGAUCGCCUUCACUAUGUCUACUUUGACUUUCACAAUGAAACGAAGGGCCUCAAAUGGCAUCGUGCUGAAUUGCUAAUGGACCGUCUUGUGGACGGACUCUCAAGGGGCGGAUAUUUCCGCGGCGUGGAAAAUCCCGGUGCUCCUGGCGGACAACUGGACACUCGGUCGCUGCAGUCCAGUGUCGUUCGGACCAAUUGCAUGGAUUGCCUCGACCGGACAAACGUGGUACAGAGUAUGCUUGGACGGUGGGCUGUCACACGGCAACUCAUGGAUGCCGGAGUCCUUCGUCCCGGUGAAGCUGCGAACGAUGAUCGAGAGUUCGAGAACCUGUUCCGUAAUAUCUGGGCGGACAACGCCGAUGUUGUCUCCAAAGCCUAUUCGGGUACAGGAGCUCUCAAGACGGACUUCACUCGCACUGGCCAACGGACGCGGGCUGGAAUGGUACAGGAUCUCAGCAAUUCCAUCACUCGUUAUAUACGCAACAACUUUUUGGACGGCCCCAGACAGGAUGGUUUCGACGUGUUUCUCGGCACAUAUCUUCCCCCCGACUCUGCACUGGGCAGCUUCCAGCUCUUCAUCGACCGCAGGCCGAUCAUUAUUCAAUCGAUUCCUUACAUUCUGGCCGCUGGUCUGUUCAUGAUCUUCGUUUCGAUCUUUACGAGGCGCUUACCCGACUCUACUAUCUGGCCCAUUCGCAUAUUUGUUUUCUUCUGGAUUCUUGUAUCGGGAUAUUGUGCGCGCUUCAUCCUCGCGCAUGGCAUGCUCUAUGUCAACUGGCCUAAACUGAAUCCCCCUGCGGCUGGAUCCGAGGGCUAUCAGGAUGCACUCAUCAAAGCCCGUUCAGAUCCUAUAGUUGGAAAAAUGCUCCCUGCGAGAAGGCACCAGCGGGGUUACAGCAAUGCUCGCCUGGUCUUCCUUGAGGAAGGUAAAACGAGGAUUGAGUGA